UGACCUUGCAUGUGACUGCUGCCCCCUCGCUGACAGCAGUCCAACGUGUGGUGCAGUUUUGUCACACCGAAGUUGUACGGUUUGAUCAAAAUGUUUGCAUUAAGAUCACAAGCAUUCAAAUCAGCGGCAUACCUGUUGAAAACCCAAACUAUAAAUGCGGGAUUCCACACGGGCGCCACCUGCUACGGGGCUAAAGUUGCAGUUGUGCUGUCAGGCUGUGGCGUGUAUGAUGGAACUGAAAUCCACGAAGCAUCAGCGAUCCUGGUGCAUCUGAGCAGGGGUGGAGCCGAGGUCCAGAUGUAUGCCCCUGACGUCUCCCAGAUGCAUGUGAUUGACCACAGCAAGGGCCAACCGGCAGAGGAGUCCAGAAACGUCCUGACGGAGUCUGCUCGUAUUGCCCGGGGCAACGUCACAGACCUGGCCAAGCUGAGCGUCACCAACCAUGACGCCGUCAUCUUCCCAGGGGGCUUUGGGGCUGCAAAGAAUCUGUCGUCAUUUGCGGUGGACGGGCCAGACUUCAAGGUGAACCAGGAUGUUGAGCGCGUCGUCAAGGAGUUCCACAAAGCAGGCAAACCCAUUGGACUCUGCUGCAUCGCUCCAGUGCUGGCGGCGAAGCUGCUUCCAGGUGUGGAAGUCACGGUGGGCCACGAGGAGGAGGAGGAGGGCCGCUGGCCCUACGCUGGCACGGCCCAGGCCAUCAAGGCUCUCGGGGCCAGACACUGUGUCAAGGAGGUCACCAUAUCCUUCACCUCUGGUCAGCCAGGAUGACAGCUUUCAACCCGUCUGGCCUUCUCACAUUACAGCGUAGAGUCGUUUGGGGGUAGGGUCGUUUCUGUGUGGUUGGCUUGGAUAUGAGCAUGUUUGAGUUUCUCUAGGGCGUGACGGUAUGGAUGUUGUGAAGUUUUGUACGUAGCGUUGUGUCGUUCACAAGGGGGUUAUUGCCAAAUCAGCCACUUCUCCCUUGUGUUUGUGUGUUGACCCUUGACCUUUGUGCGUCACGAGGUCCAUGUGGACCAGAAGAACAAGGUGGUGACAUCACCAGCCUUCAUGUGCGACACACAGCUGCAUCACAUCUUCGACGGCAUCGGAGCCAUGGUGACCGACGUCCUGAAACUCAGCGGGAAAUAAAGCACGGAGAGAGAGAGACGGCAGCUCUGGUUCGGUGUCUAAGAGGACAGGAGAAUGUCAGUUCAUAUCGACCAAACCGUCAAGCUCUGUUCUACAGGUCGGUUAUACCGUAAAACAUGUUCAUUUAAGUAGAAUGAGUGUUUUGUCAGUUGCAGGUCUUGACUAAAGUAGUCUCAUAAGCUUGAUAAUCAGUCGAUUAUGUGAAUUAUUUUGUUAAAUUCUUGAUGAUCUGUUUUAAAUUUGGACUCGCAUUGUCUUCAGGACUUGUGUAUUAAGAGACUAAAUCCAUCAUGUUUGAUAUUGUGGCAUUACCUAUCGUAUACACUAGAGGGCGAUCAAAGACCAUCAGUACAUCAGUGCAAACUUGUUGCAGUUCCUCUAUCAUAUCCAGUCCAAAUCCAACCGAGCCAGCAAAGUGUUUCUGGGUAAAUAAGCUAUAAAGAGUACAGAAAUGGGAUUUCAUGAACCAUGUUUCCUUAAAGCAGGAAGUAGAUUUGCACUAAGAGAAGAGCUUCAAGUCGAGAGUGUAUUUUUUCCUGAUGUCAAAGACGACAGAGACUUUGUAUAGGUGAACGUUUGAACAAUAAAACAGUGAGAAAAUUAA